GGUGGGGCUGCGUCCCAGGGCGGGGAAUCGCCUAAUGGCGGACGCGGGCCGGGCGAGCGCGGCUGGGGGCGUAGCGCGCUGAGGGGGGUCUGGCUGUGUGGCGUCCCGGGAGGCGGCCAGCGGGAACGGACCCCGCGCGGAGAAGGGCGGCUGGCCGGCCCCUCUGUCGCUGAGGGCGGCCGCGCGAGACCAGAUGAGGAAACUGAAGCCCAGAGUGAGAAUUAUAUCAAUCAUCUUUGAUUUAGAAGACAUUGUAGAAGUCAUCCAAUCUGACCUCUCAACAUCAACAUCCUACAGUCUGGGAAUGUCUCCUGCAACAUUCCUGAUAGCUGGUCAUCCACAGGACUGUACUGGGAACUCAUAACCUCUGAAGAGAACCCAUUCUAAUAUAGGACUGCUCUAAUUAAAAGGAACUAGCUAAACUGAAGUCUGUUUCUCUAUAACUUUUAUCUCCGCAGUGGUCAGUCCUCUCCUGUGUAACAUCUCCCAAGGUGUAAGACCUUCUCAAACCCCAUAUUAGCAAAUAUCAUUAUAGCAUAUAAUUCCCUAAUCAAAGUAAAAUAUAACUGAAAAAGAACUUUAUUUUUUUGUUUGUUUUGCUGUUGUUGUUUUUGAGAGAGGGGAAAUGUGUGUGAGCAAUGGAAAGGGACAGAGGGAGAGUCUUAGGCAGGCUCCAUACUCAGCGCAGAGCCCGACACAGGGCUUGAUCUCAGGACCCUGAGAUCAUGACCUGAACUGAAAUCAAGUAUCAGACGCUUGGGGAGCCUGGGUGUCUGAGUUGGUUAAGUGUUGGACUUUGGCUUAGGUCAUGAUCUUGCAGUUUGUGAGUUCGAGCCCCACGUCGAGCUCUGUGCUGACAGCUCAGAACCUGGAGCCUGCUUCCGAUUCUGUGUGUGUCUCUCUCUCUGCCCCUCCCUGUUCGCACUCUGUUGUGUCUCUCAAAAAAAUAAUAAAACGUUUAAAAAAAAAAAAGUGUAAGACACUUAGCCCACUCAGCCACCCAGGUGCCCCAGAACUUUAUUGAUCCUGGAAGACAGGUCAUUCACUCUUUCAUGGCUCCAAAACUUCUUUUGGCACCUAAGAACCACUACUUUCUUGGUUUUCUUCACUUUCUCUUUUUUUCUGUCACUGACACUAACAUUUACUACCCCUUUUCAUGGUACUUUUAAAAAGAGACAUAUGUCUUAUCACUUUGUGAGUAUAACUGUACAAACCUAUUGAGAGAGUAGCAAAUAGGACUGAAGAGUUAGCCUUACCCCUACAACCUGUCCUCAUUCAUAUUUGCUAGCUGUAGUGGGCCUCUCCAUUUCUCUUGUCAUUGUCUUAACCUGUGAAGAGUCCCAACUGAUCUAUUUAUCUCCAGCCUUCUCCUGCCCAAAUAUAACUUCUUUGCUUCUGUUAGAAUGACUUGUCUAAAAUGCAAAUUUGGCCAUGUUACUUCCUUAAUACGGUGGUUUCUCAACACCCAGUACUCCACAGAUUUUCCACUAAAUGACUACUGAUGAUAGAGGAGCCUUUCUCAACUGGAUUUCCAUGAGAGAAUUAAACCCUAAUGCCAUUAGGCAUCCAUUGUAUAUAAUGUAUUAACUUUUUCUCCAAUGCAUCUGGAAUGGUGCUAGUAGUUAUGUACGGUCUUGAGGAGAAUUGAGAAAAUAGUCACUCUAAUCAUUUUCUUUGUUCUGUGGAUCAGAUGAGGAACUCAGUGUGAAAGAGUGGAGAGAGAGAGAAUGUGUGUUCUUCAGGAGGUCCAGAAGCCUGGCUGGGAGCAACCUCUGGAGGAAAUAAACCUCAGUAAAUUUCAUUUAAGUCCAGGGUUUCAUCUUUACAUUUGUUUCAUCUUUACGUUCAUCUUUGCGUUCUACCACACGAUAUGUCUAUAGUUGAGGGUGUUUAAAAAUAUUUAUCAAUGCAUAAAGUUGAUUUUACAGUAAGAUUUUCCUAGGGUCCAUGGACUACAAAAUAACUACCUUUUUAUUUAGCCUUGUAGUAGACAUUUUAUGUAUGUUACAUUAUUUAAUGUCUCCAGGAAAAUUGCCCAAGAUCACAUAGCUAGUAAGGUUAUCAGAGUCACGGUACUAACCCUAGUAUGUUUGAAUGGCACAACUUGAAGCUGAGUUGAGUCAAGAGCCUUGAGAGUCUUUGCCCAUUUCUAAGUUUAUCUUCACUGGAAUGUAGGCUUUUUUUUUUUUUUCCUAACGAAGUUACUGUUGUGUUUCAGAUCAUGCAUAAUUCCAUACUUCUUAUGGUGAAUAUAACUAACUUAAAAAAAUUUUUUUAAGGUUCUUGUUUAUUUUUGAGAGAGAGAGAGAGAGAAGGAGACAGUGCACGAGCAGGGGAGGGGCAUAGAGAGAGGGAGACACAGAAUUGGAAGCAGGCUCCAUCCAGGCUCUAAGCUGUCAGCACAGAGCCCGACUCAGGGCUCGAACUCACGAGCCAUGAGAUCAUGAGCUGAAGUCAGACAUCGAACUGGCUGAGCCACCCAGGUGCCCCCAAAUAUAAUUAACUUUGAUUAUCCAAAAGGAAAAUGAACAGUGAUUCAGGUAAUUCCGUAUAACAGGGAAUCUUGUUUCUCAUUGGUGGUUCUGAAACAUAUUAAGUGGUUUUUUUUAGUAGCAGAUUUACUUUUCUGUUUGUUUUGUCUUGAUAUUGACAUAUUGUCAUUUCUUGAGUACUGUCUGUGGUGUCUAAAUGGGGUGUCUCUCCCAAUCAGAUGAGGGCCCCAAAUGAUCACUGAUCAGGUGGAAGCUGAUGGUGCAGGCAGUGCCAAGAAUUCACCCAAGGCAGAACAAAGGAGAUGGAAGUUUAUUGAAUACACCAUAGGGGAACAGUGGGGAGGACAGCCAGGGGAAGGCUGUCUGUAAUGAGGUAUAGAGGUAUAGAGGCUGUUUUUAAAGAGGGAAGGUGAAGGAGGUAUGGGGACAUAUGGAAUUCUCCCAUUUUUGGUAGCUGUGCCUAGUUGCAAGUAGCCCGUUGGUCAUUCAGGGCCUACGGAUAUUUUGAGGGGGUUACCUGAUGGGUCUGUCUGUAUUCAACCAGGUGGUCACUGUGGCCCUGUUUCUGCGUUCCAUUGCUCAAGCCUGUUUGCCUAAAAGUGGCCUCUACACUCUCUAGCUGGUUGUGGGAACUGGUUUUUUUAGUGAUAAGAAGCCAUCUUGCUAUUGGAAACUUGUAUCCCAUCCCCCCUCCCCCCACCAUAUGACGUAGAGUUGACUCCAUUUGUGUUCUGCUUACUCAAGGCCCUUGGGAAAGUAUAAAUUCUAAAGUACCAAGGUGUUACAAGAACCUCCUCCUGGCCCCCAGUUCUACAUGUACCUAGCCAUCUGGAAUCCAGUUUCCAUUAGGUGUCCAGAGAGAACAUCUGGAGUGCCUUGUCAGUGGCCACAUUUGAUGUACAAUUUCAAGGGGAUCUGGCUCCUUUAGCUCCUCUGAGAAGCUGGAACAAGUACUGAAAUGAUUGCUAAUAGAGGGAGCCACAGUGGCUGUUUUCAAUCAUCUCUGGCUGUACCAUCGAAUUUGAUUCUUCCAGAAAGCUUGAAAUUUGAGAGUAUAAGAGCAUCCAGAGGAUGGUGUACAGAGCCCUGUGAGGUUCUUUCAUUUGCAACCUCCUGCCUCCUUUCUUGUUCUAAACUCUUUCACCAGUGAGUUAGUUACUAAUGAUUGCAUCUUAGUACCUCUGCACCAUGUAGAGAAGAGGAGUUCAACUGGAAGGGAGAGUCCAGAGUUUGGAUUAGAAAACCUGUUGAGUCAAAGGGGAAUUUAGCAGAGGAACGGAAUGAAAAUUAUUUCCUUAGACAGUAGACAAAUAUUCAGGAAACACCUCUGCACCCCAAAGAUAGGCACAGCUGCCACACAGUGACUAUUAAAGGGAGGUUCAGAGUUAUGAGCAAACAGCUGAUUCUCUUGGUUCUUGGGCUGUUGCUGUUGGUGACAGGAAAUCUUGUUCCCCAAGCUGCUGGCUUCCUGUUUUAUUUUUACUCUUAGUAGAUCAGAAUGUCCAUAACAAGGAGCAGUCUGUUCCAAAGGGUUCUACUCCCCCUUUGAGCCUGAAGGGCUUUUUUUUUCCUUUUUCUUUUGGUCAGACAAUAUGUUGGUUCACUUCUAAGAUUUGUAAUACUUAGCUUUUUGUAUUCACAAUCAACUUUUUUUGGUGAUGAGCUGGUGUUUUAAGAUUUGAUGUUGUUUUUCAUCAUUCAGAACAUUGCCUGAAGCAGGUCCACCAUGCCGUUAGUAACGAGGAACAUCGAGCCAAGGCACCUGUGCCGUCAGACGUUGCCUAGCGUUAGAAGCGAGCUGGAAUGCGUGACCAACAUCACCCUGGCAAAUGUCAUCCGACAGCUGGGCAGCCUGAGUAAAUAUGCAGAGGACAUUGUUGGAGAGCUCUUUACUCAGGCAAAUACCUUUGCCUCUCGGGUAAGCUCCCUUGCUGAGAGGGUCGACCGCCUACAAGUUAAAGUCACUCAGCUGGAUCCCAAGGAAGAAGAAGUGUCACUGCAAGGAAUCAACACCCGAAAGGCCUUCAGAAGCUCUACCAUUCAAGACCAGAAGCUUUUCGACAGAAACUCUCUCCCAGUACCUGUCUUAGAAACAUAUAACACCUGUGAUACUCCUCCACCUCUCAACAAUCUUACCCCUUACAGGGACGAUGGGAAAGAGGCACUCAAAUUCUACACAGACCCUUCGUACUUCUUUGAUCUUUGGAAGGAGAAGAUGCUGCAGGACACCAAGGAUAUCAUGAAAGAGAAGAGAAAGCAUAGGAAAGAAAAGAAAGAUAAUCCAAAUCGAGGGAAUGUAAAUCCACGUAAAAUCAAGACACGUAAGGAAGAGUGGGAGAAAAUGAAGAUGGGACAAGAAUUUGUGGAAUCCAAAGAAAAGCUGGGGCCUUCUGGGUAUCCGCCCACCUUGGUGUACCAGAAUGGCAGUAUUGGCUCUGUUGAAAAUAUGGAUGGAAGCAGCUACCCACCACCACCGCAGUCAGAUUCCACUUCUCCACCUUCUCCUUCCUUCUCUGAGGACAGCUUGCCUCCCCCACCCGUAGAGUUCAGCUGCCCCGUAGACAGCAACCAAAGAGGGUCCGGUUUAGCUGGACCCAAAAGAUCCAGUGUGGUCAGCCCAAGCCAUCCACCACCAGCGCCUCCUCUGGCCUCUCCUCCAGGCUCCAAACCCGGGUUUGCUCCACCACCUGCUCCUCCACCUCCACCUCCAGUGAUGGGCGUUCCACCUCCACCACCGCCUGGAGGAUUUGGGUCUCCGGGGACCCCACCACCACCUUCACCCCCAUCUUUCCCACCUCACCCCAAUUUUGCUGCCCCUCCGCCUCCUCCCCCACCGCCCGCAGCUGACUACCCGACUCUGCCACCACCUCCCUUGUCCCAACCAGUGAUAGGCGCACCUCCUCCUCCCCCUCCUCCCCCUCCUCCGGGGCCCCCUCCUCUCCCUUUCAGUGGUGUGGAUGACCAGCCUGUUGCACCCCCACCACUUGCCGAUGCCACCAAGCCUAAGUCCUCCUUGCCUCCUGUGAGCGAUGCCCGCAGUGACUUACUUUCAGCCAUACGUCAAGGCUUUCAGCUGCGAAAGGUUGAGGAGCAGCAGGAACAAGAGAAGCGGGAUGUUGUGGGCAACGACGUGGCCACCAUCUUGUCACGUCGAAUUGCUGUGGAGUACAGUGACUCGGAAGAUGAUUCCUCUGAGUUUGACGAGGACGACUGGUCGGAUUAACUCUUUCUGCCUGCUCUCCCACCUCCUUUUUCUUUCCUGCUGCUGCCUUCUUUGAUGCCUAUCCCAACAGUCCAAUGGGGGGAAAGAGGGAGGAAAAAACAAUUUCAAGGGGCCAAAGCCUUUUCUGAAGCAACCAAAGAUAUAUCCAAGUGCUUCCUCCAAAUCAACAUAUAUUUUCCCGUCUCCCCAUAGUCAGGCCCCGUGGGGCUCCUGAGGUUCAGUAGCUGAGAUGUUCCCUCUUCCCUUCAAGUGACUGUUGCAUAUUGAAGAGAAGGAAAAACUCCAGAGCAGAUCCCUUUGAUUGGGCUUAGAUUGGAGUUGGUGCCUUCCCCUAGGAGCCAUUUUCAACUGUGGUCUUCUUCCAGAAUCCUUACCCUCACCCUUUGAAUAAUACGAGCCAUCUUCUGGUCCUAAUGCCUGCAUGGACAUGGCCAGCCCCUUUUCCCAUGCACUGAGAGGGCAGAGCAGGCCACACGUCCUAGCAGCCAGACUGCCUGCCACACCUUUUUGCCCUGGUGAGCAGGGUGAGCUACCUUUUGCUAAGCUAUCUCUAUGUCUGGAUGCCCUUUAUGCUAGGAGCCAUCAGGCCCUAAGGAGCAUCUCCCCAUCUGCCCAGAAAUUGUACCUUUCUAAAGGCUGAAGUUUUCGCCUCCCUCCCAGGCUCCCUCUCCAGAGGGUGGUGUCCAGGUGUCCCUUAAAUGUCCCUCCCUCACUACCAGGUGCGUUAGGCACCACAGCCCAGCUCAGACCUCUAAUAUCCAUGACCAAACUGACCCCAACACACUGGUGUGUGGACCUCUGCCAGCUGUCAGGAAUCAAGCUUAGAGACUCAGAGCUGCGGGACUGAAAGAAUGGUAAACUCCUUGAAUCCUGCCCUCUUGAUGAUGCUGAAAUCUGGACACGGGAAAUGACUUGCUCCAGGUCACACAGAUGAUUGGUGACAGAACUGGAGCCCAGAGUUCCUCAUUCCAAGUCACCUGUGUCUUCUGGAACCAGGUAGGGGUUCCAGACUUGCUGGAGUCUAGGCAGAGCAGUCUUGGCUCUGUGCUACUCCAGACCUUACCCCAUAGGUGGGGGUCCCAGUAGGAGGGCUCAGAGCCAGUGCCAGGCCUGUCAGUGCUGCUCAGACCCUUAUAGCCUGUCUUACAAUUCUUUGCUUCCCCUUUACUAUCACCAUUGAACCACAUGGCCUUGGGAGCCAUCCUUCUGGGGGACCAGAGGUAGUGAGAGAAGGAAGGGGGUAGGCAGCUUUGACAGGUGCUGUUUUCAAUUCCUCUGCAACUCGUCCCCUUUUUAUUUCCCCAAUUUAAGCAUAGGUUCUGCCAGCUGUAGAAACUUCAGUCCCUCAGGCUGGUGGCUGCCGCAGGUAGCUGCCUAGGGGGGCCUGGCAGCCGUGAGGAGGGCUGAAAGGCAGAGGGGCUCUGGGUCUUGUUUCCAGCUCCCUCCUCACUGCGUGCAGUGAUGUUCCCUCCCUCGCUCCCCCUCUUUCCAGAGCUAAUACACAGGUGCUAUUAUUAAAAAAAAAAACUGGUCAGCUUUGGCCAACAGUGAGGUUUCUUCUCUUCUGCCCUAACUAUUGUGUAGCCUCUUAUGCUGAAACCGGCUUCUCCUGGCUUCUCCAGCUUUCAGAGCCCUGAAACAAAGAGAAACAGGAUCUGUCUCUACCCAGCACAGCAAAUGGUUGUAGUAAUUGCCAAAGCCCUCAUAAACCCCUCCGGCUUGAGGAGAGUGUGUAAUCACGGGUACUACCGCUGUGCCCUGGCUGGAUGCUCCCCCUCUGCCUUCUUUCCUUGAACUCUGGCGUGGUGACUGAGCCAGUAGGGACCAGCAUGCCCUCCUGCUGGGGCCGCUCCAGAAUAUACCCUCCUCGCCCUCCCCAGAUCAGGUGUCUGCGGCACAGGUCUGGUACCCUGCUACAGUGCUGAGCAUACCAAGCUGUGUGUGCCCCCGCCUUGCUUCCCUCCUUGCACUUUGGAAGCUGAAGGUGCUUUCUUCAGAACCCUAAAAUGGCUGUUGAAGGUGCCCCUGGCUGCAGCCCAGCAGUGGCUGGAGAGGCAGGUGGAGGGCAGUGGUUCUCCCAAAUAGGAGUCCUGGGGCCUGGCCAGGCCAGGGUUUGGGCCUAAUGGCUUUGACUAAAUUACCCCCAUCCCCCUCCUUUCCGGAAAAGGGGGAGCCAGCGCCACUUGCUAUCAUUCUGCUCUGACCUUGAAGGGGGCGGUGUUGGCCUGGCUUCUGGAAUGGACACAAUCCGCCCUGGAAAGGGCUGGGGGCAGGAGCGGGGGUGGGGGGGUUGGGGGGGCACUGCCUGCGGAAGGUAGGAUUAGAUCAUUAGCUCAGUGACCUCCUAGGGUUUCGAUGUGCUGUGUUCUCAUCCUACAGCUGGUUUGGUAAUGAUCUGCAAGUCCCGGAGAGCAACAGCACAGCUCUGCCUGACGCUCUCAUUAAAAUCUAUGCAGCCAAGCUCUGUGCUUUGUAGCAGCCGGCCUUGCGAAGCCUCCUCAGCUCUGGGGGCUGGGGACCCAGUCAGCCGAGAGGCCCUCUGGGCUCUAUUUAUGCAUAUGCGCAUCCUCCCACCCCCCCACCCCCAAAAAACCCAACUUCUUUAAACCCAGAGCCCUUUAAGAUGAUAAAGGACCCUGUUCAGGUAAUUGUGUGUCUUUGGAAUCCUGUAAUUGUAGAAUGCAAAGUUUAGUGAUUAUUUAAACUGGGCCAAGGCUGGUAGGAGUAUGGAGCAAUGGCUCAUAAGGACUCUUAAGCUCUGAAGCCAAGGAGCCACCUCCCUUCCCUGGCCUGCCCAGCCCAGGGGACCUGCCCCCAUUCCUGUGGCCCAGGGACCCAGCUUCCAUUCGGCAGUGUCAGAAGUGACUUGUGGCUUUGCCAUGCUUGUGAGAUGACUACAUUCCAAAGGAGCAGCUACCGGGAGGGGGUAGGCUCUGCAGUCCCUUGGAGGGCUCAGAGCAGCUGGCCCAAGCUCCAGCUCGCCUCCAACGGAAGCUCAAGCGCCCUCAGAAACGACCCUGGCCAAUGUCACCGCAGAGCCGAGGCGGUGUUGUCAGGGCUAAUGUGAAAUCUCUUCCCGUGGCGCCGAUCCUCCGGCUCUGCAGCGCCAGCUUGGACAGAUUGAGGUCUCUGUGGCUUUGGUGACCCUGCUUAAGCAUUCCCACCGUGUCCCAGCUCGGCUCUCUGCCUGCCUCCCUCUGCAGCCCCCCUCACCUGACCUCAGGGCCUGGGGAGGGGGCCAGUGCCCCCAGGGCAAGGGGCUUUUGCUCCAGAGAAGUGUCAGGCUUCCUGGGGGCAUCAGGCUUUGAGCUCUACUGGGGUCCUGCAUACCUGGGACCAGGUUUCGCUAGGAGAUUGUGCCUCAUAUUGUGUCUCAGUGAGGGCUAGGGAACAAUUCUGUUACUGUAUUAACUUAACUCAGUUAACUCACUUGAGAAACUAACCAGUUUUUACUUUCUGUCUAGAAUGAUGUACAUGUAGGAGAGUGAGCUGUAAAGCUCCCAAAGUGCCUUGUUUUCUCUGAUAUAAAUAUAUUUAUAAGGACCUAUUCCAGUGGAUUCUUGGGUAUGUUUGCCACAUCGAUUUUUAGGGAGUGGGCCUAUAACAUUGUAGGGAAAUGGUCUGGAAAUGGGUCCCUUUCCCCUGAGGGUGGGAAAGGAGAUUCAGAGAUCUGUGAGGGUGAGGUUAAACCAAACCCCUGAGGUGACCCUUUCCUCUUCGCUGUACUCCUCCUCUUAGGCCCUUAGGAGGAUGUCCUGUUUUUUUUAAAGCCCCGUGGCUCCAAGCCUGGCCUCAUUUGUUUCCCUGCCAGGCUCAUGUGUGGACCACAUUAGCACCCCCAUGACCUGAGGAUUCCAUGUAACAAUUUUAUAUAUACAUGCGAAUAUGUAAAUGCCGACAUUUUAAAUAAUUUGAUAAAGUCUUUGUAGCUACUCAGCCA